UAUCAAUGAUAUAUGAUCAGAGGUCUCUGAUAUGAUGAAGUUAUGAUGCAAUUAGCGGAGUGGUGGAAAUAAAUUUUUAGUGUAAAAUGGUGUGAAAAUGGUUACUGAAUUAAAAAUAGAAAAUGGUUUCACUUUUUGAAAACUACGAACAGCAAUACUCGGCCCUGACUGCGGAUAUCACUGCCCAAAUAGGCUUAUUGGCAUCGUCGGGAUCAAAAGAUCGUCGCCAACUUAUAUCAAAUAUCGAAAAACAUGUGGAAGAAGCCCAGGAACUGUUGGAGCAAAUGGAGCUGGAGGUUAGGGAAGUUGAGUCAUCGAAAAAACAAAGGUGUAGAACCAAGUUAGAUUGCUAUCGGGCUGAAUUGAAGCGAUUAACAUUGGAAUAUAUCAAGGCAAGAUCCGUAAAACAAGAAGCUCUGUAUGAUAGUGCGGAAGAUACAGAUGUAAGAAUAUCUAUUGAUCAGAAACAGAGACUGUUGGAUAAUUCUGAAACUUUAGAGAGGGCAGGUCGAAAACUUAAUGAAGGAUACAGAGUAGUAAUAGAAACAGAAGAGAUUGGAAAUCAAGUAAUGCGGAAUUUAUCAGAGCAAAGGGAGACCAUACAGAGGUCAAGAAAUAGGCUGCGAGAAACAGAUGAAGAACUUGGAAGGUCUUCACGAAUACUAGGCUCUAUGAUCUUUAGGACAAUUCAGCAAAGGAUUAUAUUAUAUUUUGUGGCACUGUGUUUCAUCAUAUUUAUCUGUCUUGGAAUUUAUUUAGGAUUUAAAAAGUGAUUUAUGAUCAUUUAUUUUUUACCUGUCAUAAUACCAUUUAUUAGCAAAUAAUUCUAUUAUGGACACUAAGCUUUAUUGUUUUCUAGUUUUAAGUGAUAUACAGCAUUAACAUUCCAGUAUUUAUUUAUUAGAACAUCACACUGUAAAUAUCUAUUUUAGUAAACAGUUACAUUGUUAA